AAGGUUGAUCGCUACUCUUUUCAAAUCGUCGAAAAAGGGACAUUAGUCAAGGAGGAAAUAGAAAUAGACUUGGAAAACCAAAAAGAAGUGGUCCGAGUGCCUCAACACAAUGAAGUGGAUGCAAUGGAUUUGUUGAAUGACUUUAAUGCGGUGAGUCAUUAUAGGUUAUAAUUAAAACUGAAUAGCAUUCUCGCACAGACUGGUUAAAAAUUAUAUAUUUGGUCUCACAUGUAGCUUUCCAUUAUAUUCCAUUCCAUGUUGCUGAAGUAUUAGGACUUUUAAAACGGGGUUAAUACCAACUGUUGGUCUGAAAUGAACUAUAUUCUUAUUGAGGUCUUUAUACAAACACAGGGUUUAUCUGUUCGUCGUGUUCCAUCAACGCAGGAUUGCUAUGUGUUUCAAUUGGACCCAUCUUUUCCCACGCCACAGAAACUGAAACUUGACAUGGAACAGGUGAGUUUCCGUUGUAAUGAAGGAAAUGUCAGUGUAAGAGUAGUAAUUCCAAUAUUCAAAGGAAUUCAGGUAUGUCGUACGCAGUACGGUUUAGAGAACCUUCAAAAGAUCAAAUAUGCUCUUAUUUAUGUACACGUAUCAUGGCAUUUUUGGAAAAAAAAAUUAAUUGUUUGACGAAUCGGCGCUAUAAGAUAGAGAGGGCCAGUGACCUUUCAAGUUGAAUGUAAGAACCUUUAGGGGAUUAAUCAUGAACGUGUCUUUUUCAACAGAACAAUCAAGAGUGAAGGUAAUCAGGGUUUGUAAGCUUCAAGAGUUUUGUUUUGAGCAGUGUUUAGGGUUGUUAUUAGAAACAAGAGGGUCACUUGCAGCGAGCUUGGCGAUUUGAAAUAAUUAAGAGGCAGUCUCCCUAAAAGCGGUCCACUCGAUUUCGCGACAAAAAAUACUUUUCCUUUAUUUUUUGUCGGUGAAGAGGCUUUAGUAGGUGUAUACUAAAAUCGCUAUUUUUGUUUUCAAAUUCUUNAUAAUUAAGAGGCAGUCUCCCUAAAAGCGGUCCACUCGAUUUCGCGACAAAAAAUACUUUUCCUUUAUUUUUUGUCGGUGAAGAGGCUUUAGUAGGUGUAUACUAAAAUCGCUAUUUUUGUUUUCAAAUUCUUAUUCUUAGCUUUGCUACAAGCCAAAAACGAAUUGACUCCGUCUCGGCUUCUCAGAGAGUGUUUCAAAGACUAAAAUUGGUGGAUAUUGAAAAGCGCCUUGUAAACAAACGAAUGCCCGCACAAAAAAUCUGUUAGAUUCAGCUUUUUUAGUUAACCUUCGAUAGUUCACAGGCUACACAAAAACAUCUUUGAUCAAAACAUGUUCAAGUUACAGUGGUUUAAAGAAUACCUAUUUUGCAGGCUUAAUCCAAACCCUGAAAGUAAGGAAGAUUUGAGGGAAAAUAUCUCAAAAGUUACGGCCUAAAUCUGUUUAAAAAUCAUAUCAAAGUAAAGAGUUAAGCUUAUGUUUUUGGUUUAUAGGCUCAGACUUGCGGGUAUCUUCUAGGAUUGCAACCAACAGUAGAUUAUAAUCUGCCAUUUUGCGUAUUUGCAUAAUUACUGGCCGUGUCAGAUGUCAUGAUUGUACAGGUUAAGAGUUCCAUGAAAUUGCCUCUUUUGACACUUUUAAUUCGUCUCCGGCCUUUAAAAGAAAGUAAUUAAGCUUCUUUAAGUACUUUUGAAUCGAAAGAGAUAUAUUAACAGGGAUGGUCAUGCAUGUUACUGACAACAAUAUUUUGCCUUUUUGUAGAAAAGUAAACUGGUUAUAAAAUUUGGUUGUUUUCUAUUGGGGUCGACCGUUUUCGCUUAGUUGGUUUAGUUGUUUGUUUUUUGUGUGUAUGUGUGUUCCGUUGGAACACAGGCUGAGUUGUAGUGUUCCGCAGCCACCUUAGCUGUAUGGACUACCAAAACUACUACUACAAUAGACGGAUCGAAACGCACCAAUUACUGAUUACGAGUCUUCAUAGCCAAUAACAUCAAGGCUUAACUGACAGACGACCAAUAACAUCGCAACGUAAUUGACCAAUCAGACCAAUAACCAGAGUAUAAUACCAUCAACUGACGUGAUACAAUUCACUUUGACUCUGAAGAUGACUACCGCACAGGUUGUCGAAACGUCAGUCACUGUCAACAACAAAAGUCCUCUUCAGGACUACGUUCACCCGGACGAUCAAACUCAACCUACUUUUAAAAAAAGCGUUAGUUGCUAUAGUUGAUCAACGUUUUCAAAAGACUCAGAACUUGGAUGAAAGGAUUGAAAACGAUGGUUAUCAUCCAUUGAUCUGUUACAGGAAUCGAUUUUCAAGUGCUGUAUUAUUUUUCUGCGAAUUUCUCACGUGAAGUGCUCGCGUCAGCCUCACGAAAAAAAAUUGCCAGCAAACGACAACAGUGAGGCCUUUGCGCAAAUUCUAAAGCACUCUAAUAUAUAGAUUUAACCAGGGAUAAAAGCGAAACUCCCAUUAAUAAAUUUAUAAUUUAAAUCAAACAAUAAACUUGUAAUCCACAACUCAAUUAACUUAAGGGCAUGUUCAUGUGACUUUUGAGGGAAAGGCUAAGUGAUUUUGGAGUAAAACAUCUUACAUCGAGUUGAUAGCCUUAUAUGUACACCAAAAAAAUAGCAAUCAUCUUCGAUCACAUUCAAGAGCCAUAAUGGCUCUUGAUCACAGUAAAUUAGGCCUGGAAAACAAAUUCUUGGAAAACAAAUCAGGCCGAAUUUUUUGCGUUCGACAAGUUUACUUUACAAAAUCUUGCCAACAAAUCUGGGGGUGUUUGAUCCAAUCUUUUAAUAUACUUGUUAUACAUCACAUCUGAGGUGAAACAGUACUAUGAGGCGCUGUAUUUAUCAUACAGACCUCGGACAGGAUGCAGUAUUUCACAAUUUUUCAAGGCAAAUUGCACUCAGUCAAUAUUCAGGACGAUCAAUCGUAGGCUUUUAGCGAAACCGUUCAAAAAAUUUCCAAAAUCACCUAUGCGGCCAGACGAUUAUUUGCAGUGCGAGCUGUGGUAGAAUGUUUGAAUGGACAUAAAUAGAGUUACGCUGCAACAUAACAAAGAAUUUAUUACGUUUAUAUUUUUAUUUAAUGGUUUUAUCACGAUGUGUAAUUUUUAAAAGCGUUUGAUACGCGCUGGGUUUUGAGUACUCCUGCAAGAGAUGUUCAUGAACGACUGAAAACAAACGGCACAGCGAUUAAAAUUGCAAGAUAGACUAUUAACAAUCAAUAAAAAAAAUAUAAUGCGGUGAGCCAUUUACACAGACAACAAUUUUUAUUCGCGAAGACAAGUAUUAAAAUGUCUCUAAAAAUCCUGAGUCUUUAAGCUUAAAGCUUAAGUUUAUGUUUUAAGCCGGCCUCCCGGUGUUUGCUUUUUCAAAGGUGAAUAGUUUUCUUUCUACAGCCGAAUUUAUAACUAAAUAUUUUUCGGAAAGUUUUCUUUCUAUUUGCCGUGAGAAAAUAUAUCUAAAGGCUUUUUAAAGUUCUGUAAGCUUAUAUCAAACCUGAUACUAGGUCAGAUCAUUGUCUCAAAUCUUACAAACGUGCAUAAACUUGCCGCAUAAACUGUGCUCGACUCCAUGAAAUUAAAUAUGAAAAAAAAAAACAAACAUCAAAUACAAUAAUUACUCAGGUUUACCAUUCGAGACCGAGCUCCUGAAAGCUAUCAAGUAAGGCCAGAAUCGCUUGAGACUUUUAAACCCUCUUACGCAUCAAGCAAGGUAAAAAACGAAAACGAUGGCAUCCGAAAUCGGAUUUCCGACUUUGACAAGCGACGCAUUUCUCAACCAAAACCCAGUAAACAAACCAGCCAUGAAUAACAGAAGACUCUUGAUAGCAGCUGUAUUUCAUUUUGUACAUGCAGUGGAAAGAGACAGUUAAAAACAUCACAAGUUGACACAACUCUGUCAGCUUCAGCUGUCAUAGUAAACAAGUUUCAAGAUGCUGCAUAAAUUUUCCGCAUGAAGGCACCUGUCAAAUUUUGACCAAUCAGAGCAUAAAAAUUGGAGGUAGAGGAUGACCAACGUGUGACCAUGGUAAGAAAAGGUCAUUCCCGCCUGUAUUUUAAAAUAACUGGCUAAAUUUUUGCGUCCGGGGUCACUUUAAAAUCAAAAUCUUAAUAGUGCGAGGCCGUAGUGACAUAAAAACAACAUAUUUCAUAUGAAUUUUUACUGGGCUGCCCGGCAAGCCCAGUCAUAAAAUGGGUUUUCGGUCGUCGGUGUGAAAAAGUGGUCAUCCGGGGGAGGGAAAAAACGAGGGUCUGGUACGUAGAAACGAUGUUCUCACAAAUGGUUUCAUAGGAUUUUCUCUUGCAUGAACCCUUGCACGGAUACUUUUUGUACCUUGUCUGCGCUCCCCCUGAAAAACCCACAAGGCGUUGCGAACCUGAAGAAGGCUAUUUGCGUUGUUCGAAGCGAUUCGACCAUGGGAGUAACUCUAUAAUUUUUUUUAUUGUUAGAGUUUAAGUCAGUUAGAUGAUGUUGGCGCUGGGAAACUCAGAGAAAUGCUCGCGUUGCAUUCAAACCGACACGCCAUUCACGGUAGGUUCACACUAAAAGACUGAAAAGAUGACUGUGAGCGUCAGGUUUGGAACGCCGUGGCUGCUUCGUGAACUAUCGAUCGAUGUAGUACAUGAGCAAUUAAGAAGCACAAUUUAUGAGCAAAGUAUUUCACCAGUUGACGACACUAUGGCUGAAGACUUGAUUGUAAGCCUCAUAGUCAGUGAAGCGAACAACUCAGUUGCCGAUGAAUUGCAGAUGAAUCCUAAUGUGACGCACGUCCAUAAGCGAGGGACGUGACAACUUUGCCAUGUUAGAAGACUGGCUUUUCCUUUAAAUAUUUCCUUCUAUUUAAUGCAACACACGCCACUUUGGAGAUCUAAAUUUCGGAUACUGAGGAAAAAGAAGACACGGACAAAAAUAGGAGCUCUGAGAAUUUCGCACACAAGUUUAAAGCUUCUCCGGGACAUCCCAUCCGGGAGCUUCACAGAGAGGGACUUGAGGAAAAUAUGAGCUAUUACCGACAAGGUUUGGUGACUGAGUAGAGCAUACAAGUGUAGCCACGGCGAGGUUUCAGGGGAUGUGCUUUUGUUUUUAUCUGUAUCUUGCUAAGCUUUUGUCAUUAAAUUAGUACAAGAUCUUGUGAUCACAAUUCUGUGUUUUAGCCCAUUAAGCAAGCACGCUAUAUUGAUGUCAGCAUUAGCGAGUUUCAGAAACAUGCCUUUGAAAAUUUUCAGCUCUCGUGAUGUUUCUUGAUAUUUCUUUUACCAUUUUAUGGAGAUGUAAACUGAAGUCACCGCAAAAUGGAAACUUAAAAAAGCGUAUAAUCCAUUUAUCUCGAAACAUAACACACAUGACUUAUACGACCUUUAUUUUCGUAAAGGUGUUUUGAAUACGAACGAACACAGUCAGUGUGAGGGGCAAAAACAGCAUUAAUAUAAAUGAACCAUAGGAUUUUAACUAAUAUAAGGGUCAAUUAGUGUGCAUUGAGAUGAAUCGCUUGAAAAGAGAGACUUCGCUUGAAGAUGUGAUCAGAAGUAAACAAAGGCAUAAUAGAGCGUCACGUUCAGUCUCUUUAAUAUCCAAGGAGUCACUGUGAAUAGUGUUUCCAUAUUGUUUAGCUGGCACAAAAACCUCGCGCGAGUUAUAAAGCGGCAUAGUUAUCUUCCAUGAAGAAAAGUUAGUCUUGGGUGAGACAAACAGAACUGGAGCGAAUUUUUAACUUUCAAAAUGCAAAGGAUUUUAUUCCUUUAAGUUAGAGAAAAAUACCGUGAGGAAAAUCUUAAAACUGAAUACUUUUCAUCUUGUGGAAAAAAUAGUGCGUUUUCAUGCAGACUGUGGACCGCAAAUUAGGAUCGCACUUUUCAUAAACAUGCGAAUUCUGAAGUUCAGAACCCAACCGACGAUUGCGUUUUUCGCUGCUGUCAAUCAUCUUAACGGACCUCUUAGGAAACAAAACUUUACUUCACGGGUUCAAAAGGUCAUGGUUUGUGAUUUGUGGAUUUCGAUCCGUUUUGUGUGUUUCUCUGUUUCAAGGUUCGUUGCUUGUGAUCGUAAUUAUGAUUGACGGCAGCGAUAAACACAAUUGUGAAGGUGGCUUUUGAACUUUGGAGUUCGCAUGUUUGUGAAAAGCGCAGUAAAGUCUCCGUGCAGUCAGUGAGGCCUCUGGAUCAGGCAAAAUCAAUGGGCAGUUAAUUGUCUGUUUUAGUAUACUUCUGGUUUUCAUACAAUACAAUCUUUCUGUCUAGUGUAAAUCAGCUCAGUCUGUCGCAUUUUAUGCUCGUAGAAGGACAACAAUUUUUGGAAUUUCCGGUUACGUCAAAUUGGUCACGUUAUACUGUCACUCUAUAUUUUGGGGCACAGAGGGAUUGGGGGAGGAGAGCGCGGAAAUAAUGCAAAUUGUUUCCUGUUUAGAAUUAAUGGCUAACUUGUUUAUUUUUAUUCAUAAUGGUGGAAUUUAAAAGUUAUUAUACAGCCCCCACUAAAAAUGGUACUCUUUUUUUUUGGUUACCAAAGUCUUUCAAAAGGGUACAAUGUUCUGAAUGAGUUUAUGUUUCAGUCUCACAUGAGAUUCUGUUGCAUGCAAUGGUUGCCGACAAGGUUUUAUGGUAGCCUGAGUGUGUAUAGUCGCCCCCUCCCCUCAGAAAAAAUAGCCCCUUUGCAGACCAGUUAAAAAUCGCCUCUCGGCGAUUCUUGUUUAAAAAUAAUUUUAAGCCUGCGAUUAUUUGAAAACUAGUAACUUGUCAGCGCAUAACUUUAAAAAGUACUCGACCUCGAUGGGUCGAUACCUGAGCCGGCGAUACGGUCAGGUGAUACUGGUCAGAGGAUACCUUUUUUGACAGCUGUCAAUUGAUCACAACAUUGAUGUGCAAUCAGUUUUCUCCUGGGCUCCUAAACAAGCUAGAAAAUGUGAUAGUAAACAUUGGUUUCCCUGUGGUGCGGACGGACAGUCGUUCGUUCAGUCGGUGUACGGUCACGUGAUUACUAAAUUUUCUGGGAUGGGUAGAUUUACUUAAUCAUUGUGAUCCGCUGGCGCCCGCUUCGCGCGCGAGAGAGCUCCGUUAUAAAUAGAACGUGUCAAGAAACAAUUUUUUAGAACUUGAAAUAUAACCAUUUCUGCAUUGGUUUUAAAUAUUUCACUAUAAGAAGGGGACGAACCAUCUUAUAACUCGGUCCUGGUUUUGAGAGUGAAGUAAAUUUGAAAGCUGCAUGAAGAAAAUUCAGGUCAUGCAAAGCGCUUUCCUUGCUCUCAAACUUCCCGCCUGCCUAAGAACUCGAUAUCAGUACCCUGAAACAUUAAUCAGUUGUUUAUUUAACUUUUUUCAAGGCAUCCAAGCAGCCUAUUCCAAACAAGGUUUCUGCCGAGAAAUUUAUAACAAAAGUACUUGGUUUGGCGAAUCGUUUGGCAUUACCUCAGAGUAUUGUGGAUUUCUGUGGUACCUUUCCAAUCUACAUGGCAGAAGAAGUUCCAAUGGACGCAAUAAAUGCAACAUUUUACAAGAUCCAAGGU